AUGACUAUCCACUACAUCAGCGGCGAAGAAUCCGACCUCUUCCGGCCUUUGGAUAUUUCCAAUGGUGCCCUCACUCUCCGCCACCGUAUCAUCCAUGCGCCUCUGACCCGUAACCGCGGGGUGCCUUUGAACCCUAUCAGUACUCCCGAGAAUCCUAAUCGUAUCUGGGUUCCUGGCGACCUCAUUGCCGAUUACUAUAGCCAGCGUGCCACUGAGGGUGGUCUUCUCAUCUCUGAGGGAAUUCCACCUUCACUCGAGGUACCUAUUCCCGUCCCGGGCCCUAUCCUACCUUACGAGCUCAGCAAUGGCAUGCCUGGUGUGCCUGGGCUUUUCACUCCCGAACAGGCCAAUGGCUGGAAGAAAGUCGUUCAAGCCAUGACCGGAUCACCCGCCGUCUGCCCCUCAGCCAGCGUGUGGGACUCUCCGACGGAAUGCUUUUCCCAUCCUCCCGUGGGAUCCACUGAGCCCGUCCCAUACGCCAAUCAUCCGCCUAUUGAAAUGUCCGUGGCGCAUAUCAAGCAGACCAUUCAAGACUAUUGCAAAGCGGCCAAGACAGCUAUGGAAAUUGGCUUUGAUGGCGUGGAGAUCCAUGGUGGAAAUGGAUACUUGCCUGAGCAAUUCCUUAGUUCGAAUGUCAACAAGCGGACCGAUGACUAUGGUGGUUCUCCUGAGAAGCGUUGCCAAUUUGUCUUCGAGUUGAUGGCCGAGGUUGCGAAGACCAUUGGCGAGCAGAACUUGGCAAUUCGCCUUUCGCCUUUCGGUCUGUUCAACCAGGCACGUGGAGAGCAACGUCUCGAAACCUGGACGCACCUUUGCGAGGGUCUGAAGAAGGAUCACCCUACCCUUUCUUACGUGAGCUUCGUUGAGCCGCGCUUCGAGCAAAUCUUCAGCGAAGAAGAGAAGGACACCUUCCUCCAGGGCUGGGGACUGAAGGAUGUGACUCUCGAUCGGUUCCGCAAGAUCUUUGGCUCCACCCCUUUCUUCUCCGCUGGAGGCUUCGAUGAUACCAACUCGUGGGGUGUUGUGGAAUCCGGAAAGUAUGACGGACUUCUUUACGGUCGUUACUUUAUCAGUAACCCAGAUCUGGUGCACCGUCUGGCCAAGGGGCUGCCUUUGACGCCUUAUGAUCGCACUCGCUUCUACGGGCCGUUUGAAGACAAUGUCUUCCACUACACGGACUACCCGACUGUUGAUAAGCAAUAG